UAGGCAACGAAGCCGCGAAUCUCAGUGAGUACGUUAGCACGUUCGUAUAAAUAAAUUCUUAUUGUUGUUAGAGGAACCGGAGCAGUUGUUAGUGAUAAUUGCUUUACAUAUUCGGAUAACAGGGAAUUAUUUCUUCGAUAAUAGGCUUUUGUAAAUGGGAUAGAUAAUGUGUGCAAGUUAUUGGUGAACAAGUUUUUUUAGUGUGCCAACUGCUCUCUUUUCGUGCAGUGUUUAGUGGACACAAUAGAUUAUUCGUAGUCGAUUUUUGUAGUUUUUAUAAAUAUUAUUUAUCGUAUUUUAAACAAAAUGAGUACGACUCUUCAAUUUUCACCAAAUGCUGCUCUCAAUAAGCUUGUUUAUAACAAGUACAUGGAACUUUCCAUCGACAAAGUCCAGGCCAUGUAUAUUUGGAUAGACGGAAGUGGAGAAAAUUUGAGAGCAAAAACAAAAACUCUGGAUUUUAUUCCUACAAAAAUUGAAGAACUUCCGAUUUGGAACUUCGACGGAAGCUCGGCAGGAUUAGCCGAGGGUAGAAAUUCUGACACAUAUCUUUACCCAGUGGCUAUGUAUAAGGAUCCAUUUAGAAGAGGAAACCAUAAACUAGUACUUUGCGACACUUACACAUACGAUCUUAAACCGACAGUUACAAAUAAGAGAGCAUCAUGUCUUAGUGUGAUGCAAAAAGCGAACGACCAUGAGCCAUGGUUCGGUAUCGAACAGGAGUAUACCCUAUUAGACAUGGAUCGGCGACCUCUGGGUUGGCCCAAGGGUGGAUUUCCGGGGCCACAAGGCCCUUAUUAUUGCGGAGUAGGAGCUGAUAAGGUUUAUGGUCGAGAUAUCGUUGAAUCCCAUUACAGAGCUUGUCUGUAUGCUGGAAUUAAUAUUUCCGGUACUAAUGCGGAAGUUAUGCCGUCACAAUGGGAGUUCCAAGUAGGUCCUUGUGCAGGAAUUGACGUGGCUGAUCAGCUUUGGGUGGCUAGGUUUAUUCUGCACAGGAUUGCAGAGGAGUUUGGGGUUGUUACCUCCCUAGACCCAAAACCAGUUGAAGGAAAUUGGAACGGAGCCGGGGCCCAUACUAACUUUUCUACGAAAGCAAUGAGACUUGAUGGGGGUAUUGUAGAAAUCGAAAAAGCUAUCGAAAAAUUAAGUAAAAACCACCUUGCACAUAUUAAAGAGUAUGAUCCAAAGGGUGGGAAAGAUAACGAAAGAAGGCUGACUGGUCGGCAUGAAACUUCAAGUAUAACAGACUUUAGUGCAGGUGUAGCCAACAGAGGUGCUAGUAUUCGUAUUCCUAGAGAUUGUGCAAAACAUGGAAAAGGAUAUUUGGAAGACAGGAGACCAGCAUCCAAUUGUGAUCCCUAUUCUGUUUGUGAAGCCUUAGUAAGGACCUGUCUGCUUGAUUAGUUUCUAAUAAUUAGACAUUUUUAUUAGUCUCGCUUUAUUUUAAUUAAUCGUAACUUAAGAUCAUCAUUUUAUGUAUGAUAUAGUAAUAAACUUAAGGAUGAAAGAAAA